AAAUUAAGUAGAAUUUUGUUAGCUUGAGGAAACAAUGUUUACCUUAAAAAAGAAUGUUUGCGUAACUACACGGAUAGCUUGUGACUGUUGAUUGUUAUUACGCUAGUGAUCUUGGAGUCUCUGUAUUCAUGUAAAUGCAAUCGGUUAUUCAUACUAGUGUGCACCCCGUGCAAAACACGACCCUCUAUUUUUUUUAAGUAUUGCAUUGUAAACUUACCUCCUUCUAAGUUUCAAAACAUUUAAUUUUGAUUAUUGUACGCUUAAAAUUAGAAAUUACAUCUACUUCUCUAUACUUAAAGUUUAAAAUUCAUAUCUAGUCCUUUAUACCCAGAGGAUGAUCUAAGUUUUAACAUAUUUGAUUUGAUUUACUGUUUAUGAUACAGUAAAAUACUGUAGUAUUAAACAGUAACUUCAAAAAAAAAUAGUGGGAGAUUUAAUUUACUGUUCGCAGUGUAGCAAUUUGCUAGCAGAUGGACUUGGAUCGAUUCACAGUUCACAGCACAAUAGUUACUUGUAGAGAUUACUGUAACAUAAAUAGUGAUCCUUCCAUAAGGGUAGAUAUGUAAACAUAUGUGAAUGUAAUUAAUCUAAAUCAUCCAUUGUCAUAAUCUCCUCAUAGAAGGCCCUACAUAAGAUUCUUUGUGUUUCUUUUUUCUCACAAGGGAGCGUCAAGACAGCUACUGACCGUACUAUAGCCAAUUAUUGCUUGUGUUCCUACCAAAUUGCAAUCAACAGGCCGGUUUAAUAUACACUGUCUCCUAUUAAAUUAGUGUUUAAAUGCUUGUUUAACUAAUAUUAAUAGCAGAAUUGUGGAAGUAAACCAUGGCAUCUUGGUUUACUUGUAUUUUUAUUCUAAGGAGGCUCCUCCACAAAAGAAGUCAUCUCCAUCUCUGAGGCAUCAUGGCAUUAUCGUGCUUGUCUCAAUGUGGAACUGGUGUGGCAUCUGAACUUGGUAAAGAUACAGCUCAUUACCUUUUUGGUCGUUUGAAGUCCAAUGCUGGCUAUCUAAUUCACUACAAAAAGAAGGUUACUAGUCUCCAAGAAACUUUUGAGGAUUUGGGAAGCAUAAAAAAUGACAUUCAACGAAGAACCGAAGCAGCUGAGAAAAAUGGAGAAGUGGUAGAUGACGUAGUGACUUCAUGGCUAAGAAAAGUUAGUGAACUCGAACAAACAGUAAAUACAAUGUUAGCAGUGGUUAGAGAGAACAAAAGAUGCUUCAGUGGAUUCUGCCCUGAUUUAAUUUCACGUUACAAACUUGGGAAAGAAGCUACACAGAAAAAACUUGAUGCUGAAAAGCUCCAAGAAAAAGGGAAUUUCGCGUCAGUAUCUCAACUUCCUCCUCCACCUAGCAUUGAAUCAAUGCCUGCAGGUGAUUUCAUGGCUUUCAGCUCGACCAUCGAAGCUAUGGACAACGUCCUGAAGGCAAUGAGGGAUGAGAAUCAACAGUUAAUUGGAAUUUACGGUAUGGGUGGUGUUGGUAAAACAACGUUAAUGGAAGAACUCGGGAGGCAAUUCUCAAUAAACAAAGAAUUUGGCACGGUUAUUAAAGUCGUGGUGUCGCAAAACCCUAACAUAGAUCAAAUCCGCCGUGAGAUUGCUGAAGAGCUGGGGAUGAGACUCUUUGGAGAGGGUGAAUCUGCUGCAAGAAAACUUGCUGAUAGGUUGAAGAAGGAAACCAAGAUUGUCAUCAUGAUGGAUGAUAUUUGGUCAAGGCUAGAAUUGAGAGUUAUAGGAAUCCCAAUCGGAGAUGAGCACAGAGGAUGCAAAAUUUUGUUUACCACAAGAACACUUCAAGCUUGCCGACUAAUGGAAAGUCAUGCUUCAAUUAUAGUGGAUGUUUUGACAAGAGAAGAUUCUUGGACUCUUUUCAAAAGCAAAGUAGGCGAUAUCUGUAGUUCUCCUGAUAUUGAAAAUGUUGCCAGAAAAGUUGCCGACGAGUGUGGAGGCUUGCCACUAGCAAUUGUUGUCGUUGGACGAGCAUUGAGAGGAUGUAAUGAGAAAAGUGUGUGGGAGAGUGCAUUGAUGCAAUUAAAAAGAUCGAUUCCUGAUGAGUUGUUGAAUGUAGAGGAACAAUUGUUCAAGUCUCUUGAAUUGAGUUACAACUACAUUAAGAAUGAAGAGAUGAAAUUCUUGUUUUUGUUUUGUUGCUUAUUUCGUGAAGAUUAUGAAAUAACCGAAGAUGAGCUAACAAGAUACAUCGUUGGUGAAGGCUUCUUGAAGGAUGUAUAUAGCUUGGACGAAGCAAGAGGAAAAAUACAUUUGCUUGUGCAUGAUCUGAUAGCGAGUUGCUUGUUGCUAAAAACCGAAAGAGAAAGAAUAGUGAAAAUGCAUGAUGUGGUUCGAGAUGUUGCUGUUUACAUUGCAUCUAAAGGGGAUGAUUGUUUCUUUGUUAAGGCUGGCUUAGGUAUGAGAUACUGGCCUGAGAGCAAAACUUUGGAGAUGUGCAAGAGGAUUUCUUUGAUGAACAAUGAUCUUUUGGAACUUCCAGAUCAACCUAAUUGCCCUAAAUUACUCACCCUUCUAUUGAAUUUUAAUCCUUCUUUGAAUAGCAUUUCAAAUAAUUUUUUUCGGGGUAUGGCAUCACUUACUGUUCUGGAUUUAAGCGACACAAAUAUUCAGUCGUUGCCUUCUUCUCUCGCUCUUUUAACCAAUCUUGGAUCUCUUCGUCUUGACCGCUGCAAGAAGUUAACUGAUAUAUAUUUGAUUGGGAAACUAAAGAAGCUCAAAAUUCUUGGUCUGCAGAAAUGUCAAGUUGACAUUUUGCCAGAAGAAACAGGGACUUUGGCUGAUUUGAAACUUUUGGAUAUUUCAUAUUCAACUUCUCUUGCCUUACCUACAACUUUGAUGAAUAGACUAUCUCGGUUAGAAGAAUUGUUCAUGGUCGGUUAUGAUAUAAAAGAAUCUCUCUUCGUCAAUAUCGGUUACUUGGAAAGAUUGGCCUAUUUACAAAUGUAUGUAAGUGAUAUCAAUUACUUCUCGCAAGAUGUCGAAGCACUUGAUGGAUGGAAGAACUUGAAGAAAUUCAUGAUUUAUAAUGAAUUCGACUGGUAUUCACUCGCUACUAUGUAUCAAAAGAAUUUAUUUCUCAAAAAUGUGAAUCAAGCAGGGAAUUGGACAAAGAUAUUAUUGGCAGAAGCUGAGGAUUUGAUCUUGGACAACUGCAACUGUGAUAAAGGUGACUUUAUCAAUGUGAAGAAACUCCGUGUUGUUAACUGUGGCACUAUAGAAAACCUACUUAGCACAUCACAACCACAAUUUUCUCCAAAUGCCUUCGAGAACUUGGAGCAUCUAAACCUCGCGAACUUAGAGAGUUUGAAAACAAUAUGUCAAGGGGAGAUUCCAUCUUCAUCAUUCAAGAAAAUGAGAGUCUUGGAGAUAAUUCGAUGCAAGAACUUGGUGUGCAUAAUGCCUAAUAAUUUGCUGCAAAGAUGUCAUUGCACUCUACAAGUCGUCUCUGUGAACUCGUGCAAUGAAGUGAUCGAGAUAUUCAACUCUGAGGGGUUCACACAAGGGAUUGUUAUAUUGCCAAAGCUUGAAAGACUCCAAUUAACUUCCUUGCAAAAUCUCAUAAGACUCUUCAGUGGAAAUUUACCAAACGGGAGCCUUCAGAAACUAAGUAGGCUGCAAGUAUCUGGCAGUAACAAACUACAACGCUUGCUCCCAGAAAUUACAGGAGCCUUUGUAAACUUGGAAGAGCUUGAGGUUGGAAGUUGUGCAAGCUUGAAAUAUCUGUUCUCGUCGAGCAUGGCUAUAGAGUUAAAAAACUUAGAGAAGCUUACGGUGAAGAAAAAUUAUGCGAUGGAGGUGAUAAUUGACAGUGAAGAUGGUGUUGUGUUGGAUAAAAGCUUGUUUCCUCGAUUGAAGGUGGUUGUGCUUGUAGAUCUUCCAAUGUUGGAGAGAUUUUAUCGAGGGGAAAUAACUGGCGGUUGUUUUGAUUGGCCUUUGGUUGAGUUUGUGAGGUUGGAGCUUUGUCCAAAUAUGAAGAUAAUUCCCAUCGGAAGUGAGAGUGCACCUAAGCUGAAGAAGAUACAUUUGGGAGAUGACGAUGAUGUUGAAUGGUUCAAAGGGUUGGAAUGGGAGGAUGCAAGCGUCAUUUCGCGCUUUGAAAUCUGCAAAACUGGCCCUUAAGUGAUUGCAAGAAGCUAAAGAGUGCUGCUGGAUGGUAAACAGGGAUCUCUGGAGGCUCUGUGGAAGCAUCGUGGGCGGUAUUUGGAUAUUCGUUUAGUAUUCUGGUAAACGGUGCAUUUAUGUAUUUUUCUCUUCGUAUUUUUCAUAUAAAAUUAUAUUAAACAUAUGCAGAUUUGUUCCUGAUGGAUUAUAUUCUUUUGUAUGAUUUAUUCGCAUAUUAGUCGUUGAUUGGAUUUGAUGCA